AUGAAAUUCACAAUAAUCACAGCCUUGCUGGCGACCAAUGCCCUUGCCUUUCCAAAUCUCAUGAGAAGAAGUGAUAGCGUAUUAGCACCUCCGGUAUUUCAAAAUACUUCUUCAACAAUAUUGCCAUCUAGUACAACUUCCUCUGGCACCUCCUCAGUUUUACCUAAUCCCACUGAUACAACAACGACUUCUGGCACCGGCUCGCAAUCAGGUACCAGUUCCACCAGUAUUACGUUAGGCAGUUCGUCGAAUUCCGCAACUGGUACCAGGUCCUCAACACGCACAGGCUCUUCUAGUCUCACAUCAGGAACAGUCACCUCUUCGACAGUUACAUCUGGUUUUUCUUCUGGUUCAAUCACGUCAAGUGGAAUAACAGGAACUGGUUCAUCUAGUGGAACAUCUACUUCGGGAUCAAGCUCUUCUAGUGGUAAUCCUUCAACAAGCUCUGGAUCGGGGAGCACUACUGGUUUGCCCACUCAAAGAAGCUCUACAACUAGUACGGGAUCAACUUCUGGCUCUACUACUGGUACUAGUACUGGGUCCACUUCAACUCGGUCUACAGGUUCUGUUACUGGCUCAUCUGGAACUGGAACUCAAUCUGCCAUUCCAACAAUCACAACAGGCGCUACUAUCAUCACUAAUUGCAAUGUUUGCAAGACUUAUACAUCAACCAUCACCGAUUCUAGCGGUAACAAGAGAAUCAUUCACUCUGUAGAAGCUCCAAGUAAUACAACUCUCACUGGAGGAGGAAGUAAUACCACCAUUACCACUAAUGGCGGUAACCAAGUAGCCCCCACUAAUACUGGACUUCAAACCAUCACUGUUACUCAAAAGCAACAAUGCAAAGUUUGCGUCACUGAAACCUCUACCAGCUCCGGAGUUAUCACAAAAACUUCUAUUCAGGGGACCAAGACUGUCACUGUCACUCAGCCCGGUGUUGUUGUGGUAGUCGCUCAAAAGGAGUCUCCAACCGCGCAGGCUCAACCCACUCUCACAACUAUCACUCAAACCGCUCAGUGCACUAAGUGUAUCUAUCAAACCUCUACCUCUACUGGAGUCAUUACUACUACCUCUGUCCAGGGAACUAGAACUGUCACAGUCACUCAGCCUGGCACCACAGUUUUUGUCAUUCAGAAGGAAUCUCCAACUGCGACUGCUCAACCAACCAUUACUACCUUGACUCAGACUAGCCAGUGUAACAACUGUGUCACUCAGACUUCAACUGCCACUGGGGUCAUCACCACUACUUCUGUCCAAGGUGGUAAAACUGUUACCGUCACUAUUCCAGGAACUACUGUGUAUGUCAUUGUUAAGGAAACUGGUGCUGCUCCUGCUCAGCCGACAGUCACAACCAUUACCAGCACUGAGAAAUGUAACAAGUGCAUUUACGUGACUUCGACAGCUACCGGUGCCGUUACUAGUACUUCUGUCCAAGGUACUAAAACUGUCACAGUCACUCAGCCUGGUACCACGGUUUUUGUCAUUCAAAAGGAAUCUCCAACUGCGACUGCUCAACCAACCAUUACUACCUUGACUCAGACUAGUCAGUGCAACAACUGUGUCACUCAGACUUCAACUGUCACUGGGGCCAUCACCACUACUUCUGUCCAAGGUGGUAAAACUGUCACUGUCACUAUUCCAGGAACUACUGUGUAUGUCGUUGUUAAGGAGACAGGCACUGCUUCCGCUCAACCUACUCUCACGACUAUCACUCAAACCGCUCAGUGCACUAAGUGUAUCUAUCAAACCUCUACCUCUACUGGAGUCAUUACUACUACCUCUGUCCAGGGAACUAGAACUGUCACAGUCACUCAGCCUGGCACCACGGUUUUUGUCAUUCAGAAGGAAUCUCCAACUGCGACUGCUCAACCAACCAUUACUACCUUGACUCAGACUAGUCAGUGCAACAACUGUGUCACUCAGACUUCAACUGUCACUGGGGCCAUCACCACUACUUCUGUCCAAGGUGGUAAAACUGUUACCGUCACUAUUCCAGGAACUACUGUGUAUGUCAUUGUUAAGGAAACUGGUGCUGCUCCCCAACCCACUGUUACCACUGUGACUCAGACAAGCCAAUGUAACAACUGUGUUUAUCAAACCUCUACUGCUACUGGUGCUCUUACUACAACAUCUGUUCAAGGUGGUAGAACUGUUACUAUCACAAUUCCUGGUACUACUGUUUUUGUUAUUCAGAAGGAGUCUGGUGCUACCCAAGCCCAACCUACUGCUACAGUUCAGCCAUCUAUUACUACUACUCUCACUCGCACUGAGCCAUGCACUGUUUGUGUUACCAAAACCUCAACUAGCACUGGUGUUACCACUAGAACUACUGUUCAAGGAACCAUUACAGUAACUGUGACUGAGCCUUGCGAGACUGUCUACGUUGUUAGAAAAGAAUCUACAAGCGAAACUCCUCAAGCUUCCACUACCAAUGUUCCUGCCUCUACUACCAAUACUCCAGCAGCAAGUCCUCAAAUCACCACCAUUACCCAAACUGAACACUGUACUGUUUGCGUAACUCAAACUUCAACGAGCACUGGUGUGACAACCAGAACUUCUGUUCAGGGUACUAGAACUGUCACUGUCACUGAACCUUGUACUACUGUCUAUGUUGUUAGAAAGGAAUCUUCUAGUGCUACUCCUACCUCCAAUAGUAUUUCUCAAACAUCUGCUACUACUACUACUACUACCGGUUCUGGUUCAUUUUCAUCCGGUUCUGGAACCAUUACCACUAUUACCCAAACUGAACACUGUACUGUUUGCGUCACUCAAACUUCUACGAACACUGGUGUAACCACCAGAACUUCUGUUCAGGGUACUAGAACUGUCACUGUCACUGAACCUUGUACUACUGUCUAUGUUGUUAGAAAAGAAUCUUCUAGUGUUACUCCUACCUCCAAUAGUAUUUCUCAAACAUCUGCUACUACUACUACUACUACCGGUUCUGGUUCAUUUUCAUCCGGUUCUGGAACCAUUACCACUAUUACCCAAACUGAACACUGUACUGUUUGCGUCACUCAAACUUCUACGAACACUGGUGUAACCACCAGAACUUCUGUUCAGGGUACUAGAACUGUCACUGUCACUGAGCCUUGCACCACCGUUAUAAUUAUCCGCAAGGCUUCAAGCACUACUACUGGCACUGGCACUUCAACUGGUACUGGUACUGGUACUGGUACUGGUACUGGUUCUCAAUCUAUUACUGGAUCCGCUACUGUUACUUCUUCUUCAACCACUGGCACUUCUACUGGCUCUGUUACUGGUUCUGCAACUUCCACUUCGAGCUCCAGUCCUACAUCUACUACAAGUUCUGGUACUGGCUCAUCUACAACUUCCGGCUCUAUUGAGUCUUCUACCACACAAUCCACAACUUCAUCAGCUUCGAUUCAGACGACAAAUUCAUAUUCAAACUCAUCACGAAUCCCCUCCACCUUCAAUCGUAUGAAGCGUGCUCUUCAAAACCAAAUCGAAUACCCUGAAUACUACCUAUACAACAGAGACCAACAAGUCAACGCUAGUCCGAAGACUCUCAAGCCUUUCAUCUCCACAGCAUUCAUAAUGGGUUUGGUGAGCAUGUUUAUCAUGCUUUAA